AUGGCUCCGAGGACGAAAGGAAGAGGUCAGGGGAAGGCUGUAGAAGAGAAUACGGGAGUAUUGCCCUCGGAGGAACCACAGAACGAAAGCUCAUUUGCGCAACUUGCCGCAAAGCAUUGGUUGAAGCCUUCAAAAAAGUCAGCGAAGGUAAAGGUCAAACUGGACGUGAUCAAGACAGAAAUAUGGGAUGUUUUGGAGCAGGAUAAUUUCUCAUUCAGGUCUCUUUUGACACUUGAAAAUCUUCAUAUCCUUGAGAAGUACAUCUAUCCACCCAGACUUUGCGGCAGGGGUUCAUUACUGACCACAAUGCUAGUUAUCUUUGGCCGGGUUAUUCUGAAGAUGCUUCAAACUUUCACAUCCUUCUGAUGGUUCUUAUUGUAAAUGUAAGGACUAGAGAACAUCUGCCGACCUGGGGUAAGUGCUAUUAAGGAAAGCUGCAGUGCGUUAUGCUGACCAUUAUAGACAUCUUUGCGGACAAUACAUCCGAUUUCUCAACCUUAUUUCGACGAAUCCUGUCUAUGACGUUGGAUACUACUCUUUCUGCCACGAUUCGAACACAUCUCCUAUCAUUUAUAAUCAGCGCAUUUCAGUCAUUAGACAACGGGAUAGUUCGGAAAGAGUGCGCACCUUUGGUUUCGAUAUCUAUCUGGCACAACAUUUCGAGCGAGAAGAAAAGGGAGAAGAUACUUGAUCACACUGUACAAUUGAAGAAAGCUUGGAGGGCGGCAGCCAAACGAUAUGAUGCCUCCGAUGAAUCUACAAAAGCCAGGCUCCGAUUUGAGCGAUCUUGGCUCUUGACUCUAAUUCUUGACUUUUUCAAUCAACUCUAUGGAGAGAAAAUUAAAACCGGUAUGCUGAAACCCUGCUGUCACAAUUUUCUUCCACACUGACACACAAAGUAGAGAAUAUACAGUAUUGCGAGAGAUUUGUAGAGUUUUUAUCAGAUCUUCAAAGUCAGUUACCAACAAGGAGAUAUGUGAACACACUUUUACAAGAUUUGCACGUUUUGCCAACUAUCAGACUUUCCCCAGCAUUCAAUAAUGAGGAGAAUGGGCUUCUACGAGAUUUGUACGCGCUUUUUAAGCAUUAUACAUAUUUUGCAAUAAAUGACCAUACAGGUGUUCAGCAUAGCCGUACGGAAGCAUAUGAACGUCAUUGCGCAACACUGGCGUCCCUGCAAAGGACUGCACUCAAGCACUUUAAGGAAAAGUUGACUAUUCUUGCCUUGUCCAAUUAUUCGUCCAUUGAUAAGCGGGUGGAGCUCGAGAGUCAUCUAGAAUCCCUUACAGAUGCUGAGAUGACGGAACUCUGCAACCUUCUUGGCUUACGGACUUCUUAUCCACCAUCUACCAGCGUCAUAGUAGAUCGUAGAUUUCUUCUGGAGAUUCUUCUAUCGACCCAUGAAAAGCGCAAGACAUUCCAAGAGACUGCCCGUGACUUGAGUAUUCUUCCAACAGAAAGUACUCUCUUUGAAAGAACCCUGCUUAGGAAUGAUGGAUUUGAUGGGUCACAACCCCUUGCCAUCCCGAAGCUGAACCUACAGUAUUUGACCGUUGGAGACUUCCUAUGGCGGUCAUUUAUCUUGCAUCGAUGUGAAUCGUUUUACGAGAUUAGACGAGAUGUCGAGGACACAAUAAAGCGUCUCCGACCAGUCGCUGGUAGAACAGGCCAAACAAGUUUUGAAGGAUUCUCCAGGAUGGCACUGCCAAUAACGAAACCUUCGUAAGUACAGCUUCGUGUUCUCAUUGCGACCUCUUUAACCAGUUUGUAGUAUCCUUGAAGUUGUACCUCCCCUUGUUGGAGAUGACAAACCAGCUGUCGUCCGAGCUGAGGUCACGAUCGAUGUCAACCGCAUGGCCGAAAACAUUCGCCGAGAAUGGGAUUCGUUACGGCCCGACGACGUGAUCUUUUUGCUCUCUGUCAAAGCUACAGACGAGUCUUCUAUGAUCGCGGAUGGCGGGGCAACCACUUCGGACGCUCAAAAGUUGGGUUUGAGAUAUCUCCGGGCUGCCGAAGUCAUCCAAGUCCAAGAUGACCGAGGGCGUUCAUUGAUGAAUUACAAUGGUCAAGUCAACGGCAAUGCUCGCGCUGGCUCGCGAAGACUUCAACUGAAACUUGACGCAGCUAUGUAUAAAGAGGACAAAGAUCGUGUCGACAGAGGCAAGCCUGACAUUUAUGAAACUAUGAACGUCAUCGUUCGCAGGAAAGGACGUGAAAAUAAUUUCAAACCGAUUCUCGAAUCAAUUAGGAGUCUGACAUUAUCUGAUGUGCCACUGGCUCCCUGGCUUCACGAGGUCUUUCUCGGCUAUGGUGAUCCUACGGGAGCCAAUUAUACUAGACUUUCAAAUCAACUCAAAAAGGUCGACUAUCGGGACACAUUUCUUGACUGGCAACAUCUUAUUGAAAGCUUGCCCGGUAGGGCUAUCCAGCCAAACGACGAUGUUACAGGUAGCUUUGAACCACCCUAUGUAUUGCAGACGGUAGCGAAAGCCGCCGAGCCACCAGCAAGACCAACGAAAAAGAGACGCAGGGAAGCAGAACCCACACCAAACGAAGAGCCACAAGCCAUUCAAGUAUCUUCUUAUAAACCUCCAAGUACAGGACCAUAUCCUAUGGAUGCCCCUAAGUUGAACCAAGUCCGUUUUACCCCUGCUCAAGUUGAAGCCAUCAUCUCCGGCACGCAACCCGGACUUACCGUUAUUGUUGGUCCUCCAGGAACUGGAAAGACGGAUGUGGCAACUCAGAUCAUUAACAACCUAUAUCAUAACUUCCCUAACCAGCGUACUCUUCUUAUUGCCCAUAGUAAUCAGGCUCUUAAUCAAUUGUUCCAGAAAAUCGUUGCUCUUGAUAUUGAUGAACGACAUCUUUUACGAUUGGGGCAUGGCGAGGAGGAGCUAGAUACCGAAACUAACUUCAGCAAGCAUGGGCGUGUUGAGUCUUUUCUCGAAAAUAGAGAUGGGUAUCUCAGAGAGGUUGAUCGCCUUGCUGCCAAUUUCGGUGCUCCAGGAGCCCAUGGAAGCUCGGCUGAGACUGCCGGUUACUUUAACUCGGUCUACGUUGAGCCGGCAUGGACAAGAUUUCAGGAAGUCAUGAAAGACCCGGAGUCAUCGACAGAGUCGAUCAUUUCUGCAUUCCCCUUUCACUACUACUUUUCGAAUGCCCCUCAACCUCUUUUCCCUCCUGGUGCUGAUAAAGAUGCUGUCAUUGAUGUAGCUACGGGAUGUUAUCACCAUAUUACUAAGAUAUUCACUGAGCUUGAAGACGUUCGACCUUUUGAGAUACUGCGACGUGAUCGAGACAAGGCAAACUAUCUUCUCACUAACGAGGCUCGAAUCAUUGCUAUGACCUCCACGCAUGCAGCCAUGAGACGGCGUGAAAUAUCAUCACUUGGCUUCCACUACGACAAUGUUGUUAUGGAGGAAGCGGCUCAGAUCACUGAAAUCGAAAACUUCAUCCCGAUGGCGCUGCAAAAGCCGAAGAGUGGCGGGACCCCUCUUCAACGUGUAGUUUUGUGCGGGGACCAUUUCCAGAACUCUCCAGUAAUUCAAAAUCUUGCGUUCCGUCAUUACGCAAAUCUCGAACAAUCCCUUUUCUCACGCCUAGUCCGCUUAGGUGUCCCAACUAUCAAUCUCGAUCAACAGGGUCGUGCUCGUCCGUCCAUUGCAUCCCUCUACUCUUGGCGAUAUCAAAAUCUUGGUAAUUUGCCAACUGUAUCAAGAACACCCGAAUAUCAAACCGCAAACGCUGGUUUCAAAUAUGAUUACCAAUUUAUCCAAGUGCCUGACUACAAAGGUAAGGGUGAAAUGGAGCCCACUCCUCAUUUCAUCCAGAAUUUAGGAGAGGCAGAAUAUGCAGUUGCCACCUACCAAUAUAUGCGCCUACUCGGAUAUCCCGCUUCUAAGAUCAGCAUAUUAUCCACAUAUGCGGGUCAACGUGCACUGAUUAAAGAUGUCCUCUCCCAUCGAUGUGCCAAGAAUCCUCUAUUUGGUCUCCCAAAAAUUGUCACAACAGUUGAUAAAUAUCAAGGAGAACAAAAUGAUUGUAAGUUUCGUCAGGGUUGCUUCGUUAACAAUAGAUCACUAACAAAACUUUAGACGUUAUUCUUUCUCUCACUCGUACAUCACGCGUCGGUUAUCUUCGUGACGUCAGACGUCUUACUGUGGCACUAUCUCGCGCUCGUCUCGGCCUCUACAUUUUAGGACGACGAGAGGUCUUCGAAUCGUGUUUCGAGCUAAGACAAGCCUUUGACAUCUUAUUAUCGAGGCCUGAUAAGUUGAUGCUGAGUACUGGGGAAAUGUGGCCAAGUCAGAGGAUAUUGGCGGAGGAGGAGGGUUUAGAUUCAGUGCCCGGCGAAGCUGUCAUGGAGGGUGUGGAACAUUUGGGGCAAUAUGUUUUCGAAAUGACAAAUUCUAAGAUAAGACAGUUGAGAGAGGAGAGAGGUUUGCCAGAAGAUGGAGCAGAAAUUUUAGCUAUUGAGGAGGGAAAAGUGGUUGGGGAUGCUGAUGAGGAUGGAGAACAGUUCGAGGGCUUGGAGGGAGAUGACGAGAUUCUCGAAGGUGAGGAAGAACUGGAUGUUGUGAAUUGAUAACACACAGAAAUGGGAUUUGGAAGAUGAAAUUAAUCACCGACAGUUGCAUGGAUAGAGCUGAGUCAUGAUGAUACAUGAACAAUAUCUGCGGGAUUGUAUUGUACGUGACUAAAUACGGGGAAAUUACGUACAAUAAUGAACAAACAAAAGAAUGAUACCAAACAUGUAAACAUAAUUUUUGUCUCUACCAU